UGGAAGGGAUUCCUCCCCCAUGGAUCCCCUUGGGAUACCUAAUCACCAAAUCAGCUCUUAGUAAGAAUAUUAUCCUUGCACAUAACAUUGUUUAUCGCGACCUCGGCGGGUAGAUUCGCCGCCGCCCACAGCCCACCCGGUCGCUGGGGCCUCCCCGUCGUCGCCGGUCGCUCGACAUUCCCCGUGCCGGUCCGCGCUUCCGAUCCCCAGCGCUUCCCCGAGUCGCUGCGUGCUCGCGUUUCCCCGAGCCAAGGGUCGAAGGUCGAUUCAGCGCCGUCCUCACCGGAGCUUGUCCACGCCCCCUUGUCCCUUCGCGCCCGCUCCUUCGCCGGAGACCACCACGCUGUCCUUGAGCCCGUCUUCUCGGGAAACGGCGCUUCACGCCCUGCAAGCGGGACGACCCCGUCCCGCAUCUACGGUGAAUAUUCGCCUGUGGGACGAGCCCAUCCCACUUCUCCUCACAUCCAACCAAACGCCAGCGAGAAGAGGACCGUCCCGUCCCGUUACGGUUCGUCUCUCCACCCCUAGUUCCCCAAACCGGGGCAUCGAUUCAUCGAACCCUGCCCGGAGACGCGAGCAAUCAUAGACAGGCAUGGCGAUCGCUCGGACCGGCGUGUACGUCGACGACUACCUCGAGUACUCGAGCACCCUGGCCGGCGACCUGCAAAGGAUUCUCUCCACCAUGCGCGAGCUCGAUGACAGGGCACAUGGCAUUAUGGGUCAGACCAAAGAACAGAUAAAGUAUAUUCUAGGAGUAUCAUCCCAUGGGUAUGACAGGUCAAACAUGGAUGAUGAUGAGUCGGAGAGGAUGAAGAAGGACAUUGAAGCUAGCCAGGACAAUGCUCUGAAUCUUUGCACCGAGAAAGUCUUACUGGCACGCCAAGCUUAUGACCUGAUAGAGAGCCAUAUAAAACGCCUUGAUGAAGACUUGGGCCAGUUUGCAGAAGAUUUAAAGCAUGAAGGGAAGAUACCUCCAGAUGAACCUACAGUCCUUCCUCCAGUUCCGGUGGUUAGCAGGGAUGAGAAAAGGAGGUUUGGUUUUAGUACACCUCAAGCAUCAAAAAAAUUUAGAGAGAGGGAAUGGGACAGGGAAAGGGGUAUGGACUUUGAUUUAAUGCCCCCUCCAGGUAGCAGCAAGAAAGCAGGUACAUCUAUGGAUGUGGAUCAAACAAUUGAUCCAAAUGAACCGACAUACUGUAUAUGCCACCAGAUUUCAUAUGGUGACAUGAUUGCUUGUGACAAUGAGAAUUGUGGAGGAGGUGAAUGGUUUCAUUACACGUGUGUGGGUCUUACACCAGAAACGAGAUUCAAGGGGAAAUGGUUUUGCCCAACGUGCAGGAAUCUUCAGUGAGAGGUUCUCCAAAACCAAGGCCAUUGGCGAGAAUGGAACCUGCUGGAAUGAUAUACAAGGGGUAAUCGUUUUGCUCGACAUGCAUGAUCUUCAUCCGGAGGUUGUUCUGUGUGAAGAACUUGUCGCAAUUUGGUCGCUCGGAGUUGUUGCUUAAAGCGAGUUUAACAUUAGAGACUCGCCCUUCAUCUCUUGGCUGUCUGUCUAUACUUGGCACUGAUUUUCCUUGCUUGGAAUAACUUAUGGUCAGAUUCACAAACGUUUGUAGUUGUGAUAUGAAACGCUGUGUGUUCUUUUCGACAUCGAGCAAUUUAGCAUUAUCACGUUUGGAACA